AAGUAAAAUUCUCUUUUUUAAUAUUAUUAUUAAAAUAUUAUUAUUGCAUCUAUCGCAAUUUAUCCCGAUACUUUUUUAAUCCUAAUUUUAGAUUAUAUUAUUAUUAUUAUAAUAUCCUUGUUGCUGGAUUCAGGCCAGCAAUCCACAACAACAGAUGGCUGUAACUUCUGACCCGGCUCAUUAGCUUCCUCUGGAAUUUAUGUUCAUCGUUCAGCUACUGUUCGAUUUCGCCUCGAGCGUGUUCUCAUCACCGAUGGGAUUCUGGGUCUUCUACCGAUCCUUCUCUAGAUGUUAUCUAGAGAGGAGGAGGGAUCUUUAAAAUUUACUGAUGAUGCGCAAAAUUCUUUAUGGACGCAAAGUUUUGGCAAAUUGAAUAAAGGUCAAGAAAGGCUUUGUGCGAACUUGUAAGCGUUUAAUUAUAUCCAACGAUUGUAAAAUAUUUAUUACGCGGUUAUUACUUUCUUGAAACAUUGUAUUGCUAGUUUUAACAAUUUUAUUACCGACUAUUAACGAUCUACUUUUCCUUGUUAACAGGGGAGUCCCGAAGAGACAGGUUACACAUAUUUGAUGAUGUAACAAAAAUAUUUGAUUUUUCGCCACCAUGCGCGAGAUUUCUAGACAGAGAAUUCCUUUUGUUAGAAUAUUAAAUGAUAUAUACACGUAUAUAUACUUAUACUGUUUUAAAUAAUAACAAAAUUUAGAUAAUGGAUCAUUACAAUUAUUACUGACAUUUUGUCUUGAAAAUUACGAUAUAUUUUACAAGCCAACUACGUGAUGUUCUCGCAGGGAAAACGCACGGGUAUUUUACCAUGAUACCGUGAACAGAAAUCGUGUUCCCGCCGUUUUCACGCCGCGUGUAAACGCGCGACCUUCCCUAUAGUUUUAUCUAUGGGAGCAAGUGAAUCGAGGAUGCGCAAUCGGCCCAGUGGCACACAAAGCGAAGAAAAAGAGCCUACCUUUUAGACCUUGUUCUCCACUUCCUCGCGUGUAAGCAGCACGGGAGGCGGAGCUAGGGGGAACAGUCUCAAUUUGGCGACAAUGUUUCCCUAGAUCUACGAUUUCAGCUUCCUAACGAUGACUUUCCAAUCAGAUAGCUAAGUAUUACGGCGUUACUCUUCCAUUGAAUUAUCGAGGUUAUUUAAAAAUCCUCGUUGAAAUUUAAGAAAGGAAAAAAAAGAAUGCAUUUUCGAUUAUUCUUCCACGUAACGAAUCGUUACGUUAUAUAUCGUUUCGACGAAUUCUCGAAAAAGUUUCGAAAGAAAAAAAAAAAAAGGAGGGGAGAAAACGUCGAAUAAUCUCUCUACUCGUUAUCUCACAGAACAUUACCCUCGACCAUCGCGAUAAUCCUAUGCUUCCAACCUAUGAUUCUAACUCGCUCGUUCCUCGGAUCGAGCAGUUUUUCCCGAACGCCCUCGCAAUUAGCCCGAUUCCUUUUCAUUUGGAAUCGUUCUUUCACACCGUAUGGCCACGGCGCGCAAUUAUCAACGGGCCAUAAUACAAUUAUGGUACAUAUAGGUAAUCGCAUUAGAAUCGACAAAACAAGUUACACAGAAGAACGAUCCAGAGCUGGAUUCACGCUCUGUAUGCCGUAACUGUUAAUUAUACUCUGUUUCUAUAAAAAUGGUCAUUCGUUUGGCCGUUCAGUCCGCGUCGAACAUGCCUAGUCAACGUACGAGCCUCCUCGUUGUCCCGACGUUGUGUUGCGCCCUGUUGGCCGUAUGCUGUUGCACCGUUCUCCAUCGUUCAAACGCUGCCCGUAGCGACGACACAGUGUCGAGAUCGAUCGAUUGCGACCACGAAAAGAAUUCCACGGAAUGCGCGACGGGGAUGAAAGAGAUGGGAUCAAGAAGAAGGGGGAAGGAUCAGUCGUUGACUGUCGGGCAAUCGAGGAUUGAAGAGUCGAAGAGCGAAGAUGGCGCGAUCGUUGAACAGGUCACUGGACGAAGAAAGAAGAACAAGGGAUACGGGCAGAUGUUGCUCUAUUUUCUAGGCGCGUCCAAAAUGACUAUGCUUUACGUAAUAAUGAAUGCCGUUGCUGCAAUCGCUGGAAAGGCUCUGAUCGUCGCCAAAGUUGCUCUAGCGAUUGCGACCGCGAUCGCAUUGAGGAAAAUUCUUGACAAGGAGAGAAUAUCGUACGAGAUAAUCAAAUAUCCGUAUCACAGCUACGAGAAUACGCACAGUACAAGUUUCGAUUACGAUCAUCAUGGUGGAUCGUGGGAACGUGAUUUUGGAUAUCAGAGACAAAGAGUGAAUAGAAAAUUAGUUCGUUGAAGGGUAGAAGAAAUAAAUGUUUUAUAUCGAUGAAGAAUUUCGAAUGAAAUAAAAGUAAAUAAUGUGUAAAAUAAAUGAAUAAAUCGGAU